CCCGCCCCUCUUUGUCAGCAACAGUAUACAAGUCCGGCAAGGCGCCUUUGCGAGCGCCGGCAGGGAGUCCCGCGGGCACCUUUGGUCUGCCUUGAAUAUUUUGGAGCGUUUGGAAGAAUUGGCACGUUUUGUUGAAGCGACCUCCGCUCAGUUCAAGGUCCCGGGGGGUGCGCGUGAGCGUCUUUGUGUCGUCAUGGCGAUCAAAGCGGCGCUUCCCAAAUACGAGCUGUACUUCUACAAGGCCGUGCUGGCCUCGGCCCUGCUGUGGUCCACCCGCCGGAUCUUUGAGGCGUCCGCGUCCAACGUCGACAGAAAAGCCUUCAGGUCCAGCGUGAAGCCAGGCUGGUACUACUUGGGCCGGAAAAUGGACACGGCCGACGGGGAAUGGGCCAUGUGGAUUUGGACCUUCCGGGCUCACAUCGCCUUCGCUCUGUGCGGCCACGUGCUGUUCGCCAAGCUCUGCUCCAUGCUGGCUCCUCAGCACCGGUCCCUGGCGUCCAUGGCGUACGGGCUGGCGGCGGUGUGGACCAGCAUGGGCUGGACCUACGUCACCCUGGUGCUGUCGCACUGCGUUCUGCUCUACAGCAUCUCGCUGGUCAAGAUCCGCCGGCUGUGCUUGGUCGCUGGCUUUUGCACGCUGGCCACGUUUAAGUGCGAGCCCUUCGUGUCCUGGCAGGUACGCCGGCCGGCGAGGUCCACCGCAUUCGGGAGCUUUCGAGGCCACGCUCUUCAAGUCACGUCGCACUUCGCUCGGCGUGGCAAACGAGGGGUCUCGUGCCUCAUUUUGCGGAUUUUGUUUUGUUGCUUUNNCCUGCCGUUCUUCUACUUUGGGCCCAUCAUGACCUUUGACAAGUUCUACGCGCAGGCCAAUAAGUCGGACCUGAGCAGGAAGGCGCGGGAGAUGUGGGACAUCAACGUGCAGGCCGUGACCCACCUGGCUCUCAUCCUGGCCGUGGACAUCCUCUUCCACUUCCUCUACGUCCUCACCAUUCCUGGCGACUUGAAGCUUCUCAGGCACCUCUCCGACUGGGCCUUGGUCGGCGUGGCCUAUUUCAACCUGGUGUACGACUGGGCCAAAGCCGCCGUCAUGUUCGGCGUGAUCAACACCGUGUCCAGGCUCGACCACUUGGACCCGCCCAAGCCGCCCAAAUGCAUCACGGCGCUCUACGUCUUUGCCGAAACACACUUUGACCGAGGCAUCAACGACUGGUUGUGCAAGUACGUGUACGAUCGGCUGGGCGGCAAGCACGACGACGUGCUGGCGGAGCUGCUGGCCACGCUGUGCACCUACGCCGUCACCGUCCUGUGGCUGGGACCGAGCAAGCCGGUCCUGGUCUGGGCCUUCUUCAACUGCUUCGGCCUCAACUGCGAGCUGUGGGCCGCCAAGUUCUUCUCCAUGGAGCCCUUCGCGUCUUUCGAGCACGCAAUGUCCGAGGCAAUGUCGCGCCGGAUUCGAGCCGUCGUCUGCAUCUUCAACUUCUGGAGUAUCGUGUUGUACAACACCCUGCUUCUCAACAGUUUGGACUUUGCCAAGUUGCUGGCCAAGCGUCUGCUGCUCAAAGGUUUCCCGAUAACCACGGCGGUCGUCAUGUUUGUGACCUACUGCCUGAUUCAAGUGAUUAAGGAGAGGGAAAGGAGACGGGCCCUCACCGACGACCCCGAUCUGCUUCCUCCCGCCACGUCGGACGGAGCGCCGGCGGGAGCCUCGACCGCCCCUCCGUCAGACUCGGGGACCGCCGCGCCGGCCGUCGCUCAGCCCGUCGCCGAUCCCGGCAAGCAAAAAGCGGAGUAGAGGAUUCACGCUUGCGGUCUUGGUUUUCGUCAUAUCUUGAAUGACAUUUUCUGAAACGUCGGUCAUGUAAAAGAAAUCAAGUACAAGAAGAUGAAAGUUUGUUUUCAAGAUCAAAAAGUCAGACCACCACCAAAUGAAUGUUGUAGACAGAUUACAACAUGAAAGAUGGAGCGAUAACAAGAAGAUAAAAGGGG